AUGAAGCUCUCACAGGUGAAACUUCUGGCAGGUGAAGCUCUAACAGAUGAAGCUCUAACAGAUGAAGCUCUCACAGGUAUGACUUUAGUUAUGAGUCCAGAGUCGCGGUCGUUAGCGCUAAAAGCUCAGGCGGUGGAGCGAGAUGCAAGUGUGUUUGGCGACAGCAGGAAGAAGGUCUCCCCCAGUAGCAGGAAGGUCUCCCCAAGCAGCAGGAAGAAGGUCUCCCCCAGCAGCAGGAAGAAGUGCCCCCCAGCAGCAGGAAGUCUCCCCAGCAGCAGGAAGAAGGUCUCCCCAGCAGCAGGAAGAAGGUCUCCCCCAGCAGCAGGAAGAAGGCCCCCAGCACACAGGAAGAAGGCCCCCCAGCAGCAGGAAGAGGGUCUCCAGCAGCAGGAAGAAGGUCUCCCCCCAGCAGCAGGAAGAAGGUCUCCCCCCAGCAGCAGGAAGAACCCCCCCAGCAGCAGGAAGAAGGUCUCCCCAGCAGCAGGAAGAAGGUCUCCCCCAGCAGCAGGAAGAAGGGCCCCCCAGCAGCAGGAAGGCUCCCCCCAGCAGCAGGAAGAAGGCCCCCAGCAGCAGGAAGAAGGUCUCCCCAGCAGCAGGAAGAAGGUCUCCCAGCAGCAGGAAGAAGGUCCCCCCAGCAGCAGGAAGAAGGCCCCCAGCAGCAGGAAGAAGGUCUCCCCCAGCAGCAGGAAGAAGGUCCCCCAGCAGCAGCCACCCCAGAAAGAAGGUUCCCCAGUAGCAGGAAGUUCUCCCCAGCAGCAGAAAGAAGGUCUCCCCAGUAGCAGGAAGGUUCCCCACAGCAGGAAGGUCUCCCCGAGCAGAAAGAAGGUCUCCCCAGCAGCAGGAAGGUCUCCCAGCAGCAGAAGAAGGUCUCCCCAGUAG